UUGUAAUUUGGUAGGAUACUGGAAUUAAGAAUAACGUGAAAAAAAAUAAAAGGUUAUGUUUUUUAGAACAAUAUUGGAAGAAAUUAACUGAAACUCUCAAUUCUGUGUAAUGUAAAACAAAAUGACGAGUGAAAAGAGGCCUAUUGAGACUGAAGCUGCCGAGGAAGCUGAGGAUAAUGACGGUUGGAUAGGACCCAUGCCCGCCGAGGCUGCAAAACCGAAACCUAAGAAACGAAAAGUACUGGAGUUCGAAUCUCUCUACAUAGAGAAUCUGCCCUCAUCAGAGACGUAUGAACGAAGCUAUAUGCACCGUGACAUUAUCACGUAUGUGGUUGUUACGAAGACUGACUUCGUAGUCACAGCGAGUCAAGAUGGACACUUAAAAUUUUGGAAGAAACAGGAAGAAGGCAUAGAGUUUGUAAAGCACUUCCGCUGCCAUCUGGCCUCCAUCACCCACAUGGCAGCCAACAGCACAGGCACGCUGCUGUGCACAGCCUCCACAGAGAAGACUAUCAAAGUAUUUGAUGUCGUCAAUUUUGAUAUGAUCAACAUGAUUUCCAUAGAGUUUGAGCCUUAUUGCACAGAGUGGGUUCAUUCAGCCGGUGAUCCUAUAUCAGCUUUAGCAAUUUCAGAAAGAGACACCAAUAAAAUCCACAUAUUCGACGGUCAGCAAGCUUCGGGCACUCCUAUGCACACAUUUGAAACCUUACAUCAGAACCCGGUUACCACUAUCAAGUACAACCCAGUAUUCGAAGUGGCAGUCUCCGUAGACAAGGCUGGCAUAGUGGAGUACUGGACUGGACCGAAACAUGAAUAUGUGUUCCCGAAGAAUGUGACAUUUGAGUCUAAGUUGGAGACAGAUCUGUUUGAAUUUGUGAAGAAUAAAACUUAUCCGACUGCGCUAGCGUUCUCGCCUGACGGCAAGAAGAUGGCGUCGAUUGCUUUGGAUAGGAAGGUGCGUGUGUUCCAUUUCGUGUCAGGCAAGCUGCACAAGGUGCUGGACGAGAGCCUGCAGCGGUUCCAGGAGCUACAGCACCAGACCCAGCAGCUGCCCAACAUGGAGUUUGGGAGAAGAAUGGCGUCAGAACGCGACUUAGAAAAAUCCGAUUCAGUGCACCUAGCGAACAUAAUUUUCGACCAGAGUGGUCACUUCGUGAUCUACGCGACCAUGCUGGGCGUGAAGGUGGUCAACCUGGUCACCAACAGGUGCGUCGCCAUGUUGGGCAAGCCGGAGAACUUAAGGCCGCUGCACUUAGCGCUUUUCCAGGGGCGGACCAACCAAUCGAAAAUUGCGACGACUCUCGAGAUGGAAGGUUCGGAGAACCCGACACUCCUCAACGUGAAGACAGACCCGACGCUGUUCUGCACCGCAUAUAAGAAGAACCGGUUCUACAUGUUCUCUAGAAGAAGUCCAGAUGACAUCAAAAGUCCUGAUGCUGACAGGGACAUCUUCAACGAGAAACCUUCCAAGGAGGAUAUUAUAUCGGCUACCGAGGGACAGGGAGUCCAACGUAUAUACGAGCAGGCGGUUCUGCACACGUCCCUGGGCGACAUCCACAUCCGUAUCUUCGGCAAAGACGUCCCCAAGACGGCGGAGAACUUCUGCGUACACGCACGCAACGGAUACUACAACGGACACAUCUUCCAUAGAGUUAUCAAGGGGUUCAUGAUACAGACCGGUGACCCUACUGGCACGGGCACGGGUGGCGAGAGCAUCUGGGGUGGUGAGUUCGCGGACGAGUUCCGGCCGCAGCUGAAGCACGACCGGCCUUACACGCUCAGCAUGGCCAACGCGGGGCCCAACUCCAACGGCUCGCAAUUCUUCAUCACGCUCGCGCCGACCCCGUGGCUGGACAACAAGCAUACAGUAUUCGGCCGCGUGGUGCGCGGGAUGGAGGUAGUCCAAAACAUCGGGAGUGUCAAGACGAAUCCCAAGACCGACAAGCCGUAUGAAGACGUGAGGGUCAUAUCCGUCACCAUCAAAUAAUGUACAAAGUAGAUAUGUAAGGAAAUAAAUUAAUCAUGUCA